CAGUGCGUCAGAUUCAUGAAAAUGGCUCUGAUAUUUUAUUUUUUCAUUGGUAUUUUAAGUCUUAUCUCAUUAUUUCUCUUUGACUACGUGAAAAACAUUCAUUUUUAUAAACUUGCUGCCAAAAUUCCUGGGCCAAAGGCAUUACCUUUUUUAGGAAAUGGUCUUAGCUUUAUUGGAAAGGAUUCCUCUGCUGUGUACCAUGAAAUAUUCGAUCUUGCUGACAAAUAUGCAUCGCCAUGUCGAGUGUGGCUGGUCAAUCAAUUGUUUGUUGGAAUUUACGAACCUGAUCAAUUGAAAACCCUUUUAACCAGUACAAAAAGCAUGGAUAAAGGUGAUAUAUACAAAUUCGCUCGACCCUGGUUGGGUAAUUCAUUGAUUCUUGCUCCAGCUUCAAUAUGGCGCGCGCAUAAUAAAUUGAUUCAACCUGCUUUUAAUCCCCAAACUCUACGAACAUUUUUUCAUAUAUUCGAUAAACAUGCAAAAUCAGUGGUAGAAACAAUGGAAAAAGAACUAGAUGGAGGUGAAUUUCAAAUUGGCCCUUAUUUGGUAAAUUUUUCUUUAAGCGUUGCUUUAGAAAGUAUUAUGGGCAUAUCGGAAACUUCGGACUCAAAAAUUUACACGCGUUAUACUGAAUGUGUAAACAGUUUUCUUCAAAAUUCGUCAUCCUCUUAA